UAGAGUUUUCCGAGAAAGAGGAUAACAAAUGGCAUGCAAUGAGGAGUGCAUGCCGCUAUGUGUUUGCUGCGCAUAAAUGUUGGUUUUGUUUACGCUGUUGGCAUCAUUGUAGUGUUUCGGUGACUGCUGCAAGUUAUUGUCUGCAUUGCUGUUCUACGGGACGUGAGGGUUGUUGCCGUUGCUGCUGGGAUUGGGAACUCAGCGAUUGUGGGAGCUUUGCUAGUGGGUAUAUAAAAGAGGUGGCUCUUAAUAACCGGUGGGCUUGUGCCGUACUGCUUUAGCUGGAGACUCGCCUGAUCGUUCGGGUUGUGAGACACAACAGCUAGUUCGAUUGAAACCAGCCCAGCGUAGGUAUAUGUUGGUGGGGACCGCUAUGUAGCAUAAAGAUUUGAUGUACUUUGUUUAUAAACAAAAAAGCCGCUGUCAUUUUCCAUCCCCUCUCGCAUCAUCCAUGUCUUAUCAUUAUACUGUCGAAAACGAACCACCUGUCAAUUCCAGCUCCUUGGUGCCCAUAAGGUCCGCUUAAGGGUGUCGGAAUCAGAUAAAUGUCAUAGGAUCGGUGUAGCAUACAUUCGACUUGUUUUAUUAACACCUAUCUUUAUUUACAUUUGAAACUGGUGUCAAAUAAAUGGCAAUGCCAGCAAAGUUAUGUUUUGAAUGUGGAUUUUUGUUUUGAACAUGUUCGCUAGCGAUGGGUCCCAUAUUGUACUCAUGCAAUUGUGGCCAACGACACAGAAUUUUGCUCAACAGACUCAAUGAUGCUACAGAGGUAAAAGAAUCGGAUAAAGCAAUAGAACAGACAAUCGACUCCGCUUGGGAAGACGGCGAUGUUGAGUUCGAUCGAACACUAGUAGCUGUACUUCACACCUUAAAGGGAACCACCGUAGCAGAAGAGAACCUAGAGAACAUGCUGCAAGAGUAUCGAAACGACCGGACAAGUUUAAUAUUCUCUUCUCUGCAUCUCGAUAACCGGAUGUGUUGCUGCCAGAAAGUGUCUCACAAAUUGUCGAUUAUUUUGAACAUGGGUUUAGCUGAAUUGCUUUUCCAAAACCCACCAAACGAACAGCGGUUGCUAGAAAUAUUGGAACAAAUCGAACCAUUUGUGGAUACUUUCAAAGAGGAUGCAAUAUUUGACCAUUUCCUGCAAGACCUUUGGAAUUUCAGUAUGAGCAACGACAAACGAGCUCUUAUUUGCAAACUAACAUCAGUGUCACCUGAAAAUCUCAAUGCUUUAGUUGAAAGAAUAUUAUCUGAAGAACGAGAGAUUAUCUUUCACGAUCCUAAUUUUAGUCGUUUGGCAGCAAUAGUUGUGAUACCAGAGGUUUUUAGACAUGUUAGUUAUUAUUUAGCUGGAAAAAAAACUGAUGAGAGAACGGAAAAAUUGUUGAAGGCUAUUCUUAAAACAGUGAAACUAAACUUACCGACGAAAAAAUUCCUUGGUUUAUACCCAUUAAAAUUGAGUUCAAUUGCAAUUUUGAUGAAUGAAGUAUUGAAUCCAGCCGACCCUCUUAUAUUGAAGUUGCUGGAACAGGUUAAAUCGGAUUGUUAUUUGGAUUUUGUCCUUCUAGUUACUCAUUUUCCAAUAUUUUUGCAUUUCAAAUGACAAUAAAGUAUUUGUUAACAAUUAUAA